AUGACCUCUCAAACCACCCUCCACCGCUCCAUCUCCUUCGAAGCCAAUGCCAGACUGGCCCCUCCCGUGUCGUCCUACAAUCCAGCCAUGAGCACGACCAAGAGUGGUCGGCGGAGGAGAUCGAGCAGUAUCAUAUAUCAAGAACCUCCAGAGUCCUUAGAGCAGAUCAGCGACCAGUCAGCUCUUCCCAACCUCAACUCCCAGUGGGUUAAUGCAAAAGGAGCCUGGACGAUACACCCUGUCCUGAUAAUCGGCCUCAAGAUCCUGUUCGACAUAAUUCCCGGCGUCACUCAAGAGAUAUCGUGGACACUCACAAACAUAACCUACAUGGCUGGGUCAUAUCUAAUGUUUCACUGGGUUAGAGGCGUGCCUUUUGAAUUCAACGCCGGAGCGUACGACAACCUGAACAUGUGGGAGCAGAUUGACAACGGUGAUCAGUACACACCCGCCAAAAAGUUCCUUCUCACCGUACCCAUCGUCCUGUUUCUGUUAAGUACGCACUAUACGCACUACGACUUCACGUACUUUACCAUCAACUUCAUGGCCCUCAUGGCUGUCGUGAUACCGAAAUUGCCGCAAUUCCAUCGCGUGAGGAUCGGGCUAUUUUCAGAGCCCCCGGAAGAGUGA